AUGAUGCUAGAAAAUCAAAUAGCAUUGGUAACAGGCGCCAGUCGCGGCAUAGGGCAAGCGAUUGCACUACAAUUAGGCCAGAAUGGCGCAACCGUUGUUGGAACAGCUACCAGCCAGAUUGGUGCCGACGCCAUUAGUCAAUACUUGCAAGAAGCAGGCAUCAAGGGCAUGGGUAUUGCACUGAACGUUAAUGACACAGCUCAACUUAAUGACGUCAUUGAAAAAAUUAAAACUACAUUUGGCGAUAUUUCCAUCUUGGUUAACAAUGCGGGAAUCACACGAGACAAUCUACUAGCCAGAAUGAAAGAUGACGAAUGGGACGACAUUAUAGAAACCAAUUUAAAGUCUGUUUUUCGUUUAAGUAAAAUCGUAUUGCGCGCCAUGAUGAAAGCUCGUUUCGGUCGCAUCAUUAAUAUUUCCUCUGUUGUCGGCACUAUAGGCAAUGCAGGGCAAGCCAAUUACGCGGCAGCAAAAGCGGGAAUUUUUGGUUUUAGCAAGUCAUUAGCACGUGAAGUUGGUAGCCGUAAUAUCACAGUUAAUAGCAUCGCACCGGGGUUUAUUGAUACCGAUAUGACCCGCGCAUUAUCAGAAGAGCAACAACAAAGCUUGAUUCAGCAU